AUGCAUUUUCUAAAUAUUCCAAAAGUCAAGAAUUCAAUGCUCACGAAAAAUAUUAUAUUGAAAUCAAUACCACAUCAUGCUUACGGGUACCUUAUUGUAGUUGAUGACUUGUGGGAUCCACCUACAUGGGAUAUUCUUCGAUGUGUCUUUGCAGAAGGUGGUAAUGGGAAUACAGUAAUUGUAACCACAAGAGUGGAUGUUGUCGCUUGUAGGGCAUCUCAUGAGCACGAUGGACACAUUUAUAGAAUGAAGCCUCUCAACAAUGAAGACUCAAAAAGGUUAUUCUUUGGUAGAGUGUUCAGAUCGGAAGAUAGUUGUGCACCCCAAUAUGAAGAAGUUUCAACCCAAAUUUUGAAGAAGUGUGGUGGAUUGCCACUUGCAAUUAUAACUAUAUCUAGCUUAUUGGCUAGCCGUCAAGCAAAAUCAAGGAGUGAUUGGGAGAGCAUAAUGAAGUCUCUGGGCACCAAUUUUGCUACAGAUCCUACCCUUGAAGGGAUGAAGAAUAUAUUAAACCUUAGCUACAUGCAUCUACCUCCUCGUCUCCGGGCAUGUUUCCUUUAUCUUGGUUUGUAUCCAGAGGACCGUGAGAUUCGGAGGGAUGAUUUGGCCCGACAGUGGGUGGCCGAAGGCUUUGUCAGUAGUGUUCCCGAGCUAGAUUUGAAAGACGUUGCUAAGAGUUAUUUCAAUGAAUGA